AUGCUUCAGCCUCACCUUUACUCAGCCUCCACCUAUACUUCAGCCUCCACCUAUACUCAGCCUCACCUAUGCUCAGCCUCCACCUAUCUUCAGCCUCCACCAGUUUCAGCCUCCACCUAUUCAGCCUCCACCUAUGCUUCAGCCUCCACCCAUGCUUCAGCCUCCACAUACUUCAGCCUCCAACUAUACUUCAGCCUCCACCUAUACUUCAGCCUCCACAUAUACUUCAGACCACCUGUACUUCAGCCUCCACCUACACUUCAGCUCUCCACCCAUACUAGCCUGCACCUAUACUUCAGCCUCCAUUCAUACUCAGCCUCCACCUAUACCUUCAGCCUCCACCUAUACUUCUCAGCUCCACCUAUACUUCAGCCUCCACCCAUGCUUCAGCCUCACCUACUUCCUCAGCCUCAACCUAUGCUUCAGCCUCCAUCUAUACCUCAGCCUCACCAUGCUUCAGCCUCCAUCUAUGCUCAGCCUCCACCUAUGCUUCAGCCUCCACCUAUACUUCAGCCUCACCUAUGCUUCAGCUUCAACCCAUACUUCAGCCUGCACUCAUACUCAGCCUCACCUAUGCUUCAGCCUCCACCUAUGCUGAGCCCACCCAUCCAGCCUCACCUAUGCUUCAGCCUCUACCUAUACUUCAGCCCUCCUAUACUUCAGCCUCACCUAUACUUCAGCCCACCUAUACUCACUCCACCUAUGCUUCAGCCUCAACCUAUUCUUCAGCCUCCACCUAUAUUUCAGCCUCCACCUAUACUUCAGCCUCACCUAUGCUUCAGCCUCAACCUAUUCUUCAGCAUCCACCUAUACUUCAGCCUCCACCUAUGCUUCAGCCUCCACCAAUACUUCAGCCUCCUCCUAUACUUCAGACCUCAACCUAUACUUCAGCCUCCACCUAUACUUCAGCCUCACCUAUACUUCAGCCCCACCUAUACUUCAGCCUCACCUAUACCUUCAGCCCCACCUAUACUUCAGCCUCCACCUAUACUUCAACCUCCACCUAUACUUCAGCCUCACCUAUACUUCAGCCUCAACCUCUUCUUCAGCCUCCACCUAUAUUUCAGCCUCCACCUAUACUUCAGCCUCCACCAAUACUUCAGCCUCAACCUAUUCUUCAGCAUCCACCUAUACUUCAGCCCCACCUAUACUUCAGCCUCCACCUAUACUUCAACCUCCACCUAUACUUCAGCCUCCACCAAUACUUUAGCCUCCUCCUAUACUUCAGACCUCAACCUAUACUUCAGCAUCCACCUAUACUUCAGCAUCCACCUAUACUUCAGCCUCCACCUAUACUUCGGCAGUCCUUAUAU